UCUGUUUUGGAAUUUUUUUUUCUGUUUUAUUUUUCCACCCCACAUAAGUCUACGUUGUUGUUUGUGCUCUCUUUUUCGCUGUGUUGUUUAUAACCAAGGCAAAUCAAUCACAAAAGGAGAAACAUAAAGAAACUUCAAUCUAAAAGUUGCUAAUUAAUUUCAAUUAGCUUUCGAAAAAAUAUAAAAAAAAAGAAACAAAAAACUUCUCCAGACCCUCAGAAAUAAGGCAAAAAUCAGAGGACAAAAAACAGACUGUUUGAAUUUUAUGAAAACACCUCCAGCAGCAGCGAUAGCAUUUCAAGUGACAAUAUGACGAACAUGCGACCACCCAAUAAAACUAUCCUCCUGAAGGUUGUCAUUCUAGGAGAUGGUGGCGUUGGCAAGAGUUGCCUCAUGAACCGAUUCGUCUCGAAUCGCUAUGAGGAAAAUAAUUUCCAUACAAUUGGUGUGGAGUUCAUGAACAAAGACAUUCAAGUCGAUGGUGAAAAGUAUACAUUGCAGAUAUGGGACACAGCUGGACAAGAACGUUUUCGUGCAUUGCGAACACCUUUUUAUCGAGGAUCAGAUGUUUGUUUAUUGUGUUAUGCAGUCAAUGAUCGUGACAGUUUUAAAGGAUUGAAAUUAUGGAGAGAUGAAUUUUUGCGCUAUGCAGAUGUUAAAGCUGAUAAAUUUCCAUUUAUUGUUGUGGGAAAUAAGAACGACAUGGACGAACAAAGUCGACAAGUAACACCGGAAGAAGUCAAAGAAUGGUGUGAUGAAUUUCAAAUUGCAAGUCUAAUUGAAACAUCAUCGAAAACGGCAACAAAUGUUACCGAAGCCUUUACGUUGGCUGUUAGACAUUGGCAAAAAUUAGAAAAAGCUACCGAACGUGAAAUGCGUCAGAAUGGUGAUACAAUUGAUUUAACCCGAGCUAUUCGAUUGCCAACAAGUCGAUUUUGUUGCAGUUCAGCGGUGUUAGGUGAUGCAGAAAAAAAUACAUCAUCAUCGAAUACAAAUUCACCAAGAAGACAAAGAAAUUAAACAUUUUUUUUAUAGACAUAGGUACAUAAAAAAAACCUAAAACAAAUUAAUAUUUUGUAUAAAAACAAAACAAACAAACAAAAAAAUAAGUAAAUAACUCAACUUCUUUAUGAAUAGAAAUGCGAUUGAGAUUGUGGAUGAAAAAAAAACAACAGUCAGUUAUACAUAUAUGUUGAUUAAAUUGAA